AUGAUUUCAGCAAUAUCCAGUCCGUGGCUGACGCAGCUGUCCCAUUUUUGCGAUGUUGCAGCCUUCACAACUAGCAGCCUAAGCAGCCUCAACACGUCAGGAAGUUACCAUCUCUCACCGUCCCCCGGGGACCCCUACAGCCAACAUGAAACCCACUUUGAGCCCUGCCCGGCCGCUCAACACAGCUACAACUACUCGGGGUCGAACCCGGCCCAGGCCCAACACAGCGACACCGGGACUUCCAACUGUUCCUCAUCGUCCUCCAGCUCCACGCCGAACAGCAAGUCUCUGGUGAAAAAGAACCCUAAGGUGGCCAACAUUAACGUUCAGUUGGAGAUGAAAGCUUUAUGGGAUGAAUUUAAUCAGCUGGGAACAGAGAUGAUCGUUACCAAGGCUGGAAGGCGAAUGUUUCCUACGUUUCAAGUGAAACUAUUUGGAAUGGAUCCUAUGGCAGACUACAUGCUGCUAAUGGAUUUCUUACCAGUCGACGACAAAAGAUACAGGUAUGCUUUCCACAGCUCCUCGUGGCUGGUGGCGGGUAAAGCUGACCCUGCUACUCCGGGGAGAGUUCACUACCACCCCGACUCUCCAGCCAAGGGCGCACAGUGGAUGAAGCAGAUAGUCUCAUUCGAUAAACUAAAACUCACUAACAAUUUACUGGAUGACAAUGGACAUAUCAUUCUAAACUCAAUGCACAGAUACCAGCCAAGGUUCCACGUCGUCUAUGUGGACCCACGCAAAGACAGCGAGAAGUAUGCGGAGGAGAAUUAUAAGACCUUUGUUUUUGAGGAAACACGGUUCACGGCGGUAACAGCAUACCAAAACCACAGGAUCACGCAGCUGAAAAUCGCCAGUAAUCCUUUUGCAAAGGGCUUCAGGGACUGUGAUCCGGAGGACUGGCCCAGGAAUCACAGGCCAGGCUCUAUGCCAAUUAUGAGUGCCUUUGCAAGAACAAGGAACCCAAUGUCGUCUCCCCCACAGCAGAACAGCUCAGAAAAAGAGGACAGUAGGCGGGACUACGACCGGGACCCCAGUGGUACGCCAAUGCACGCCGACCCCGCCCACCAGCUGAUGUCACGCGUCCUCAGCCCCGCUCUCCCCAUCCCAGGAGGCCUCCACGCCGUCCCCCUCACCAGCGGCCGGCCCAGCCCUCCCCACGACUUGCGUACCCCGGACGGCCACCCGCUGGCCCCAGACACCCUGCAUCACCACCCCUACAAGUACCCCACAUCCUACGAACACUACCUGGGGGCUAAGACCCGGCCAUCGCCGUACCCUUUACCCGGCAUCAGAGGACACACGUACCACCACCACAUGAACCCAGCCACAGCUAACAUGUACUCUGCCACCAGCGCCCCAUCUAACUAUGACUACGGGCCAAGAUAA